AUGAACCUUAGUGCGAAAAUCGAUUCAAAUGGAUAUAAUAAUAAUAUAGUAGAAAAAAAUGAUGAUAAAAGAAUAGGUAGAAUUAUGAGCGAUGAUGAAAAUGAAAGAAAGGAUAUAAUAUAUAAUAAUGAGAAGAAUAAGAGAACGUCUGAAAUAAAAGUUCUUAAAAAUGAUAUGGAUAAUAAUAAAAACGACAACAGUAUUCAAUCUAAGUUAUCUUUUGAUAUAAAGAAUGUAUUAACACAUGCAUAUUUACCAAUAUGCUUAGAAAAAAUGAAGGAGGGAGAAUAUGUUUAUAAAUGGAAUAAUAAUAUAUUUCAAAAGAAAACCUUAAAAUUUUUUUAUUUAGAUGUUAAUAAUUAUUGUAUAAGAUGGAAUUCAAAAAAGAAAAAAUUAAGUGAAAAAAAGAACCCAUCCUUAUAUAUAUGUGAUAUAAUAAAAAUCUUAGAUGGUUCAGAAUCUUUAUUUUUCAAAAAGAAAGAAGAUGAUAAGAAUUUAUCUAUUGAAAUUAUAAGUACACAAAGAAAUUUAAGAUUAACCUUUUUAGAUAUACAAAGAUGGAAAAUGUGGUUAUUUGGUCUUAUGUAUUAUCAAUAUAAAUUAGUUAAUAAAGGAAAUGGGAAAAAAAAAAUGAAAUCCUUUUUAUAUGAAAGUAAUAAAUUAUAUGAUAAUUAUAUCAUAUCAGGAUUAAAAGAUAUUAAUGCAUUAACAUUAUCUCAAUUAUACAUUAUAUUGAGAAGUCUUAAUAUAUAUUUGAAUAUGCAAAUAUUAUAUCAUUAUUUUUCUAUUUAUAAAAAUAAAGCUGUUAUAAAUUAUAUAGGUUUUACGAAAAUAUUAGAACAUAUUUUCUCAAAUACACAUAUUUCGAUAUAUUUUAAUGAAUAUAAAGAUAAAAAAUUUAAUUAUAUAGAUAAAAAAAAAUUUAUUGAAUUCUUAAUCGAUAUACAAUGUGAAGGCAAGUGUGAAGAAUUUAUAUUUAAUAAUUAUUAUCAAAAUGAUACCAACCCAAACUUAACGCGUGAGAAAAAUACAGAAAAAUUAGAAAGAGAAAAGAAAAAUGAUGAAGAUGAUACACAUUAUAACUUAGAUAUGAUGCAAUCAUCUGCACAUAAUAAUAAAAUUUAUAAUGUAAAUAAUCAAAUGGACGACAUUUCCAUAAAAUACAAAAAUGAAGAUGAUGUAAAACCUAAACAUAUAUUUAAUAAUGACAAUAAAGAAAAUUGUAAUAAGGAAGAAAAUAAUUAUAGUAAAAGUGAAAAUAAUACAUAUUUCAAUAAUGAUAAUAAUAAUAAUAAUAAAGUAAGAAAUGAAGCCAUUAUUAAUAAUUAUGAUUGUAAUAUUAUUAAAAAAAUAAGUAACCAAUAUAUAAAUCAGGAUGAUAUAAAAUAUAAUAUGGAUAUAUCCAAUACAUUAAUAUUCUCUGAUAAUUCUAUAAUACAUGAUGAAGAUUAUUUUUUAAUAUUGGAUAUAUUAAAAAGUAAGUACUUCUAUCAUGAUCAAAAUAAAGUAGGUAAUAAAAAAAACACACAUGAUAAUAAUUAUAAUAAUUAUAAUAAUAAUAGUGCUAAUGCAUCAUGUCACCAUAAUUUAAAAGAUGAAAAAGAAUCUAAAUUAAACAGUAAUAAUAAUAAUAACAAUAAUAAUAAUAAUAAUGUAGAUACUUGUAUCAAUGUUAUUAAUAAAAAUAUACCAAAUAUAUAUCCCAUAAAAGUUAAUGUUAUAUAUAAAUUAUUAAAUAUUAUUAAAAAAUAUAAUAUCCCAUUUGUUAUAAAUAAUGAUGAUAAUCAAUAUUUAACUGAAAUUGGUUUAGUUUAUUUCUUAUUAUCAAAAGAAAAUAGUAUUAUGUGCCCAGAGUAUGCAAAGGUAUAUCAAAAUAUGAAUUUACCCUUAUGUAAUUACUGGAUUAAUAGUAGUCAUAAUAGUUAUUUAGCUAGAAAACAAAUAUUUAGUACAAGUAAUAUAGAACAAUAUAUAUAUAUAUUAUUAGAUGGUUGUAGGUGUGUAGAAUUUGAUUGUUAUUAUUUUAAUAAAAAUAUAGUAGUGUAUCAUGGAUUUUAUGGAUAUAAAUUAACUUCUUCUAUAUUAUUUUGUGAUACUUUAAUAGCAUGUAAAAUGUUUGGUUUUACCACAUCUCCAUAUCCAAUAAUAUUAUCAUUAGAAAUUCAUUGUAAAAAUAAACAUAAAAAUCUAAUUGCUAAAAUAUUAAUAUCCAUAUUGGGUAACCAAUUAUAUAUACCUAAAACAACAGACGAAAUUAAUAAUAUAACUCCAAAUAAUUGUAAAAAUAAAUUUUUAGUUAAAUAUAAACAUUUUGAGAAUAAUGAUAGUUCAGGAUUUUAUUAUCUUUUUGAAGGACUACAAAGUGUUAUGUAUGAUGAACUAAAUUAUAUGUCUGAUAUUCUUGAUGAAAAUGAUGAAUUGGAUUAUGAUAAUGAGGAUAUGGAUGUUUUGCAACAAAAUUGUCAAGGCGAGUUAUUACAUAAUGAUGAUGUCGAUGUUGAAAAUUUUGAUGCAGAUGAGGAUGAAUAUGAAAUGGAGAAAACUUUUGGAGAGUACAUAGAAAAAAGUAUAGAAAAAAAAUAUAACCAAGAUAGUAUUAAUCAUAAACAAUUAUACAUGAAAAAUAGCGACAGUAAUAAUAAUGUAUCUAUAGAAAAAGAAAACUAUGAAGAAAAACACAAUAAAUUUGUGGAAGAUACGAAAAAACCUAGAAAUAUUUUAAAUAUAAUAAAAAAAAAUGAUAAUAAUAUGGAUAAUGAUUCAUCUGAUAAUAAUAAUAAUAAUAAUGUGAAGAUACCUAAAAAUUCUAUUACAUCAUGUAUUGAGAAAAAAGAUAAAAGUAAAGAUUUAGAGGAACAGAAAAAAAAACAUAUUUUGAAAAAAACAGAUAAUUUUAAUUUAAAAAAUAACAAUCUGCUAAAUGAAUAUUCCUGCUUAAAAGGAUAUGUAUUUCGAAAUUUUUAUGAAACCAGAAAUUAUAAUGAAAUAUGUUCCAUUAGUGAAAAUAAAUUUAUUAAAUUAAUUAAAAAAAACGAAAACGAAAUUAUUAAAUAUAAUCAAAAAACCCUAACAAGGGUUUAUCCAUCAGGAACACGACUAGCAUCUACCAAUUUCAAUCCUUUAAUAUUUUGGAAUGCAGGUAUACAAGUUGUAGCAUUAAAUUAUCAAUAUAAUGGAUUAAGUAUGUUGUUAAAUAAAGGAAGGUUUUUAGAAAAUGGUGGAAAACACUCAGGCUAUAUUUUAAAACCUGAAUUAUUAAGAUUUAAUGAAAAACAAGAUUAUAAUACCUUAUUAUUAGAUUUACAAAUAUUGUCAUUACAUCAAAUAAAUUUACUAUUUUCAAUAAAAAAUAAAUAUCAUGAAAAAAAACUAAAAAAGAAAUUAUUUCAAAUGGAUAUGAUUCAAAGAAUUCAAACACAUAAAAAAAUAAAAAAGAAAAUCAAAAACUGGAAAGAUCUACAAAAAUUAGAAAAAGAGAAGAAAAAUAUACUUUUUUCAGAUGUUCAGUCAGAUGAUAAUAAAAAUAAACAUAUUAGUUAUGAAUUACUUCUUAACAAAAUUAAUGAUAAUGAUGAUGUUAAUUAUAUACAUAAUAAAUGUUUAAAUGUAGAAAAGAAAUAUGAAGACAUGUUAACAGAAUAUAAAUCGUUCUUAUUAUGUUCUUCAUCCUUAUCACAUAGUAGUAGCUUCAAUAGUUGUAGUAGUAACACAACUACAUCAAAUGAUGGAAAUAAAACACAUUCCAAUAAAAAUAAUUCAUCCAAAUAUAAAAACAAAAAUUUUUAUCAAACAUUUGAAGAAUUAAAAAAAGCAAAUAAUUUAUUUUUUUAUCUCUAUCUUACUAUAUCCAUUCAUGGAUAUAAUGAGAACAAAUAUUACUUUAAAACUGAAAUUGCAAAAGUUAAUUUUUAUGACAUUAAUUAUUGUUGGUCAAAACCAUCCACUUUCCAAAUGAAAAUAUCUUAUCCUUCCUUGGCUCUUAUAGUAUUUGAAUUAAAGGCAUAUGAUACUGUAAAAAGUGAAAUAAUAGCUUGCGCCUGCUUUCCAGUUAAAUGCUUAAGAGAAGGAUUACGAUUUGUACCAUUGUGCGAUAAAUAUUUAAAAGACAUAAAAGGAUCAGGAAUUUUAGUUAAUCUAAAAAUUAAUCAAGAAAAUUGA